AUGGCGUCGAGCUCCCAACGCAAUGAUCGUGUGGUUUUAGAUGCCGCCAGAGUUGUGGAGUUGAAAGCCUCGGGACUUCGUACUUGGUGCGAUAGCGACUUCGGACCGUCUCACGAGCUGCGCUCCAAGAUCCUAUCUCUGCAGCUGCUGCUGUCGGUUCUCCAGAACGCCGGGCCAGUGUUCCGCACCAACGAGAUGUUCAUCAACGCCAUCAAGCAGUACCUGUGCGUCGCGUUGUCCAAGAACGGGGUGUCCUCCAUCCCCGAGGUCUUUGAGCUCUCGCUCGCCAUCUUCCUCACCCUCCUGUCCAACUUCAAGACCCACCUCAAGAUGCAGAUCGAAGUAUUCUUCAAAGAGAUUUUUCUCAACAUCUUGGAGACGUCCUCAAGCUCAUUUGAGCACAAGUGGAUGGUGAUUCAGACUCUCACGCGAAUUUGCGCAGAUGCACAGUGCGUGGUGGACAUUUACGUAAACUAUGAUUGCGAUCUCAAUGCUGCAAACAUCUUUGAGCGAUUGGUGAACGACCUGUCCAAGAUUGCCCAGGGGCGGAGUGGCCAGGAGCUCGGCAUAACUCCCAACCAGGAGUUGAGCCUUCGCAAGAAGGGGCUGGACUGUCUGGUGUCCAUCCUCAAGUGCAUGGUGGAGUGGAGUAGGGACCAGUACAUCAACCCAAACUCACAGAGCAAUCUAGGGCAGGAGCGGCCGGCGGAGCAGGACGCGACGGUCGACUCGCGCCACCCCGAGACCAUCGGCCGCUACGGCAGCGUCAACUCGCUCGACUCGACCGCCUCGUCGGGCAUCGGCAGCGUGAGCACGCAGCUGUCGGGCGCCGACAACCCCGAGCAAUUCGAGGUCCUCAAACAGCAGAAGGAGAUCAUCGAGCAGGGCAUCGAGCUGUUCAACAAGAAACCCAAGCGCGGAAUUCAGUUCCUGCAGGAGCAGAACAUGCUGGGCACCACGACAGAGGACGUCGCUCAGUUCUUGCACAGCGAGAACCGACUGGACUCGACUCAGGUGGGAGACUACCUCGGGGAGAAUGACAAGCUGAACAAGGAGACCAUGUACACUUACGUGGACCAGAUGGACUUCUCCGGGAAGGACUUUGUGUCGGCGCUCCGCCUCUUCCUUGAGGGUUUCCGCCUGCCCGGAGAGGCCCAGAAGAUUGACAGGCUCAUGGAGAAGUUUGCCGCUCGCUUCUGCGAGUGCAAUCAGGGACAAACGGUUUUUGCCAGUGCGGAUACAGCAUAUGUGCUGGCCUACUCGAUAAUUAUGCUCACCACAGACCUGCACAGCUUGCAAGUGAAGCACAAGAUGUCUAAGGAGCAGUACAUCAAAAUGAACCGGGGUAUCAACGACAGCAAGGACCUGCCCGAGGAGUACCUCUCCUCCAUUUACGACGAGAUCGCCGGCAAGAAGAUUGCAAUGAAUGAGUCCAAGGAGUUCGCACAAAUCUCCAGGCCGGCCAAGCCCAACGUCGCGAGCGAGAGGCAGCGACGGCUUCUCUACAACCUGGAGAUGGAGGCCAUGUCCAGGACUGCCAAGGCGCUGAUGGAGGCCGUGAGCCACGUGCAGGCGGCCUUCACCAGUGCCACCCACCUCGACCACGUGCGACCCAUGUUCAAGCUCGCAUGGACGCCGUUUCUCGCGGCGUUCAGCGUUGGCCUGCAGGAUUGCGACGACACCGAGGUGGCCUCGCUCUGCCUGGACGGCAUCCGCGGGGCCAUCCGCAUCGCGUGCAUCUUCCACAUGCAGCUGGAGCGCGACGCCUACGUGCAGGCCCUCGCUCGCUUCACGCUGCUCACCGCCAACUCGGGCAUCACCGAGAUGAAGCAGAAGAACAUCGACACCAUCAAGACGCUCAUCAUGGUGGCGCACACCGACGGGAACUACCUGGGCAACUCCUGGCACGAGAUUCUCAAGUGCAUCAGCCAACUGGAGUUGGCACAGCUGAUUGGCACAGGUGUGAAGUCGCGCUACAUCACGGGGACGUCCCGGCGGCGCGAGGGGACGGCGUCUGGCGCAGGCAUCACCACGGACGACUUCACCGGACUCGGUCCGCUGGGAGGUGGGAACGUAGACCGAAAGCAGAUUGCCAGUAUCCAGGAGUCCAUCGGAGAGACCAGCUCGCAGAGUGUGGUCGUCGCUGUCGACAGAAUAUUCACUGGAUCCACAAGAUUGGAUGGCAAUGCUAUCGUGGACUUUGUGCGCUGCCUGUGCGCCGUGUCGAUGGACGAGCUGGCGUCGCCGUCCCACCCGCGCAUGUUUAGCCUGCAGAAGAUCGUGGAGAUCUCCUACUACAACAUGGGCCGCAUCCGUCUGCAGUGGUCGCGCAUCUGGGAGGUGGUGGGGGACCACUUCAACAAGGUCGGCUGCAACCCCAACGAGGACGUGGCGUUCUUCGCACUCGACUCGCUGCGGCAGCUCUCCAUGAAGUUCCUGGAGAGCGAGCUUGCCAACUUCCGCUUCCAGAAGGACUUCCUGCGGCCCUUCGAGCACAUCAUGAAGAGGAACCGGUCCCCGACGGUGCGGGACAUGGUGGUGCGCUGCAUAACCCAGAUGGUGAACUCGCAAGCGGCCAACAUCCGCUCGGGCUGGAAGAACAUCUUCUCCGUGUUCCACCUGGCAGCGUCUGACCAGGACGAGAGCAUCGUGGAGCUCGCCUUCCAGACCACCAGCCACAUCGUCACCACGGUGUUCGAGAGGCACUUCCCGACCACCAUCGAUUCGUUCCAGGAUGCCGUCAAGUGCCUCUCGGAAUUUGCCUGCAACGCAGCCUUCCCCGAUACGAGCAUGGAGGCCAUCCGCCUCAUCCGGCACUGUGCCAAAUACGUGUCUGAGCGGCCACAGACAUUCCGCGAGCACACGAGCGACGACAUCAACGUGGUGCCAGAGGACCGCGUGUGGGUGCGAGGGUGGUUCCCCAUCCUCUUUGAGCUCUCCUGCAUCAUCAACCGCUGCAAGCUGGACGUCCGCACCAGGGGCCUGACGGUGAUGUUUGAGAUCAUGAAGACAUAUGGGCACACGUUUGAGAAGCACUGGUGGCAGGACCUCUUCCGAAUCGUGUUCCGCAUCUUUGACAACAUGAAGCUGCCCGAGCAGCAGACAGAGAAAACGGAAUGGAUGACGACGACCUGCAACCACGCGCUCUACGCCAUCUGCGACGUGUUCACGCAGUACUAUGAGGUGCUCGACGACAUCCUGCUCGAUGACAUCUUCUCGCAGCUCUACUGGUGUGUGCAGCAAGACAAUGAGCAGCUGGCUCGCUCGGGCACCAACUGUCUGGAGAACGUGGUGAUUCUCAACGGAGAGAAGUUUUCGCCGAGCACGUGGGACAAGACGUGCUCCUGCAUGCUCGACAUCUUCAAGACCACCAUCCCAACGUUGCUGACGUGGAGACCCGUGGGUGUGGAGGGCGAGUCCUCUCCGUCUCACGGCGAUGGCAGCGAAAAGCCCUUGGAUGCCGUGUCGCAGCGCUCCUUCGACGUGUCGGUUCGCACGGACGAACACGCUGACCGGCCAUCGGGCGACACCUGGAAUAUUUGCGAUGUUUACACAUCACAGCAGUUGGCCUUGAGCAGCUUUGCCAACGCAGGCCAAUGUUGGCGUUGCCGGGCAUUAAACUAA